GGGUAUGAUCCUAGAUUUUGGUGUAGAAGGCAUACUUGUAGGCAGUCGAGAUAUCCGAGAGUCCGUGUGUGAAAACAUCCGAUGGGUAUCUCUGGAGCUCCAACCACAUUCUAGGCAAGACCAGGGACAUACUUGACAUAAGGAUAUAUAUUGCUGACGGCAAUCUUUCAAAAUGUCCUCAUCAGAUCGUCCACUCCCAAGAAAAUUCAGUCACUUUACAACAUAUCAUCCUCGCAAUACCCUUUUUAUACUUUUAUUUAGCCACACGAAAACAUCACAUCCAAAAUGGUUGGCUUUGACAUGCGCGGUUUGACACCUGCUCCUGUGACACCGUUCACUGAAUCGGGUGACGUCGAUUACGAGGCCAUCCAACGUCUGGGUAGCUGGCUUGGUAGCAUCGACGGUGUGAAAGGGCUGGUUGUCUUGGGCCAUGCAGGAGAGGGAACCUUCCUGACACCCAAGGAGCAAAUAUCAGUGAUCAAGGCAUUCGUCCAAUCCGUCGACAAUAAGAUCCCCAUUAUUGCAGGAAUUACAGGAGAGGGUACUGAAGUAGCUGCGCUCGAAGCGAAGCGCGCAAAGGACGCUGGUGCGUCGGCUGGCCUACUCUACCCAUCUCAUGGAUGGUUGCGCUUCGGAUACCAGGAUGGCGCCCCUCAGGACCGCUAUCGCCGAGUUUACGAAGUUAGUGGACUUCCUUUGAUCCUCUUCCAGUACCCAGACAACACGAAGGCCACAUACAACCUGAAAACAAUGCUCGAUAUCUCGGCUCAACCCGGUGUCUUUGCCAUGAAGAACGGUGUCCGCAAUAUGCGCCGCUGGGAUACGGAGAUUCCCGUGAUCCGCCGCGAGCGACCCGAACUCCAGAUCUUGAGCUGCCACGACGAGUAUCUCUUGCAUACGUCAUUCGAUGUGGACGGUUUCCUUGUUGGUUAUGGCAAUAUCGCCCCGGAGCCAUUGAUUGAGUUGAUCAAGGCUGGGAAGGCCAAGGAUUACAAGAAGGCUCGCGAAAUUCAUGAUCAGCUUCUACCAGUCACAAAGAGUGUCUAUCACCGGGGAUCUCAUAUGGAGGGCACGGUCGCCCUCAAACACGCCCUGGUUGCUCGUGGCAUACUCAAGCAUGCUACCGUUCGAUCGCCUCUUUUGCCUCUUGAACCAGGAGCAGAGCAGGAGAUUCAUGCAGCUAUGAGUGCUGCCAGUCUAAGCAGAGUUGUAUAG